GAGUGGCCAUGGUCAUGGUGUCUCUUCACAGCAAUAGUAAAGCCUAAGAUAAAUUCUCUGUCCUUAAUUGAUAGAACUUUUUGGGAAGGAUUAGGGAGGGUGGCACUUUAAAAUCAUAUUUUUGCAAGGAAUACAUUUUUUUCAGCAAAGAACAGAAGUUUAUACAUAGGUAACUUCAAUUAAUUAGUAGUUUAUUUUUCUCUAAAAUGAUGAGAAGAAUGUCCCUACUACCAGAGUUAAAAGAGCUCUGUUCUUGUCACUAUCAAUGCCCUGCUCAGCGCAGUCACAAGACGAUGGAGAGGGCACAGCAAAGGAAACUUAGAGCAAGGAAACCUCUUCCGGGAACAUCUCUACAGCUAAUCAGAAAUGUCUGAGGGGCCUUAUUUUUCUUUCAGUAAUAAAAUGACUUGGUGUUUUAGACUAAAAAGAGAUCGUAAAACUAUACUGAAAUAUGAAUGACCUCAUGUUAAUGUAUAAACAGUAUAAAAUAUGCAACUGAUCACCAGGAUCUAUUAAUCAAAGGAUCUAUUCUCUUUUCAGUGUAAGAAGUCUCCAAAGCAGAGGGCUGCUGCUUCUGUGUGUUCUGAAUGAGAACUGCCCCCAUGUGCUCAUGUAUUUGAAUGUUUGGACCCUAGUGAGUGAACAGCUUGGAAAGGAUUAGGAGGUGCGACCUUGUGGGAAGAGAUACUGAAAGCUGGAAUGCAAUGUUUUAAAACUGAUCUACUGCUCAGCCAUGAUCAUGGUAAUCCUUCCUGCUGAUGAGGUGAUUCUAUAUAUUCUUGAGAGGUGCUUCAGAGAGUGGGAGGAAGAUGGAAGGACAUUUAUUCAAAAAUUAUAAAUAAUACUCAACUGCAUGUGUGUGAAAGGUUACAACUGGCUGGCCUGUCUCGUACAAACCCUAUAAGACACUAAAAUUCCUUUGGAAAGAGAGAAUAGAAGAAAGAAGAUGGAUAGGCCCAGCAAAGCCGGUGGUGUGACUGUGGACUUCUCCUAGGAGAGUCAAUGCCUGGAGCCUGCUCAGAGGGCUUUGUACUGGGACUGGAUGUUGCAGAAUUGCAGCACUAUGGUUUCUAAGGGGCUCACUGAUCACCCAGACCUGCUCACCUGUGGAGAACACAGAACCCUGGAAGAUGGAGCAGGAGGAGGCAGUGGUUAAGGAUCCAGGUCAGCAAGCCAUCUAUUCAUUGUUCCUGAAAGAGAAACUCACAGAAGAUAAACUGAAAGAAAUGGCUGAUUCUCCAGUUAAUCUAUUCCAGGGUCUGUUAACACUCUGGGAUGUAGCUCUGGACUUCUCCCAGGAGGAGUGGGAAUGCCUGGACUCUUCUCAGAGGACUUUGUACGUUGAUGUGAUGUUGGAGAAUUACAGCAACCUGGUCUAUGUGGAGAACUAUUGCAUAUGUGAUCCUAGCCAUCACCAUGUGAAGAAUGAAAAGCAGUGUUGUCAGUGUAAUGAGCUUGGCAAAGUGCUUCAUGACCCCUCCACAUGUGCACUUUAUAGAACAAAUGAAACUACAGAAAACUCUAAUAACUACAGAUGCAGUAAUCAUAGGGAUGACUCUGUUGACUCGUCAAACCCAGAUAAACAUGAAAGCAUGCAAACUGGAGAAGAACCUUGCAAAUCUAAAGACUGUGAGAGAUCUUUAUAUAUGUGUCCCAACAUUACUCAAGAUCAGAGAGUCCACAAAGCAAAGAAAGAGCACAGGCUGGAAAAAUAUGAUGACUCUUUUGCAUCUGCAUAUAGUCUUUUGCGACAACCAAUCUGUAUUGGAGAAAAACCACACCAAUGUGACAAAUGUGGGAAAUACUUUAGUACUGCCUCAAGCCUCACUGAACAUCAGAGAAUUCAUACUGGAGAGAAGCCUUACAAAUGUCAGGAAUGUGACAAAUCCUUUACUGUGAAGUCAACUCUUACAAAGCACCAAAGAAUUCAUACUGGAGAGAAACCCUACAAGUGCAACGUUUGUGAAAAAUCCUUUACUCAAUACUCAAGUCUGAAAACUCAUCAAAGACUCCAUACUGGAGAGAAGCCUUACAAAUGCAAUGAUUGUGACAGUUCCUUUACCCACUAUUCAUCUUUUAGAAGACAUCAGAAAACUCAUUCCCUAGAGGAAUUGUACAAAUGUAAAGAGUGUGGUAAGUCCUUUCUUGAAUCAUCACAUCUUAAAAGGCAUCACAGAAUCCAUACUGGUGAGAAGCCUUACAAAUGUGAGGUAUGUGACAAAUCUUUUAAUAUGUCCUCAAAUCUUAGAAAUCAUCAGAAAAUUCACACUGGAGAGAAACUUUACAAAUGUAGGCAAUGUAGCAAAUCCUUUAGCCUGGAUUCAUAUCUUAGAAUACAUCAGAGAAUUCAUACAGGAGAGAGACCUUACAGUUGCAGAGAAUGUGGAAAAUCAUUUCAUCAGUUGUCAGCACUUAAACGCCAUCAGAAAAUGCAUACUGGAGAGAAACCUUACAAAUGUACAGAAUGUGGCAAAUCCUUUAUCCAGGACUCUCAUCUUAGAACACAUCAGAGAGUCCAUACUGAAGAGAGACCUUACAAAUGUAAGGAAUGUGACAAAUCUUUUACCGAGUGCUCAACUCUUAGGCAACAUCAGAAAAUUCAUACAGGAGAGAAACCUUACAAAUGUAUGGAAUGUGACAAAUCUUUUACCCGUAACUCACAUCUUAAAAAACAUCAGAAACUUCAUACUGGAGAAAGAUCAUACAAAUGCAAAGAAUGUGACAUAUCCUUUAUUCAGAUUUUGAAUCUUAGAAGACACCAAAAAAUUCACUCUGUUGAGAAAAAUACCAUUGCAAAUAAUGUGACAUAGUGUUAUCUGGAAUUCACAACAAUAGAAAAAGGGUAAGAAACUUGUGAAUGCCUUAAAUCUUAACAAAUUUCACAGGAUUUAUAUGAAAAUAAAAUUCUGCAAAGUAACUGGGAAA